AUGCGAGCUUCCAUCAAAGCACUAGCACUUGCAUCAGCACUUGCUCAUUCCGCAAAUGCGCGUGUAGUAACGAUAACGAGAACCAUCACAGCGGAAGCCGCGGACCAUACACUUGGUCCUCGAGAAGAUGCUAGUUGGACGAGUAGAUCAUUUGUGUCUGAGCUUCCGCCUUCGACGACGACGAUACCUAGUGGUAGUGGGGAGCCAUGUUGGACUGUGAGCAGUAUGCUUGCGACGCCCUCUGCGUUCGUACCACCAUCACUAGCAGUACAAUGCCUUGAAAGCGUGCCACUAGACACAGAAAGAUCUCUGGCAUUCAUAGAAUGGGUAACGCCAUUUCUGCAAAUCCAAAGUUCUUCAGCGUAUCUUGCCAAUCCACCAGAUAGCUAUAUCAUGGAUGGAGUAGAUAUCUUCGGUGGCCUGGACCAAAUAGGCGAGAAAAUCAGAAAUGGAGGAUAUACCGGACAGUACGGGUUUGAGAGAGAUCUGUUUAUCUUGGUCAAUGUCCUGUCACGGGAUUUCCAUCUUAAUUUGCCAAUGCCACUUCUUGAAGUCUUCAAAUUUGAAAUAGACUUUCCACUGGCUUCGGUAUCAAUUGAUGGUGCUCUUCCCCAGGUAUUCUCGACAAAUGAUCUAGAAGCGCAAUACAAUUCAAGCGCAACCUUCGACUGGUCUCCAUCGGCAAUCAUCUCAAUCAACGGCCAAAUCCCAGUGGACUACCUGCUAGGCACCGCUCAAGACACCGAUACGCAAUAUUCGGACCCAGACGCCAUCUACAACAAGAUUUUCACCACAAUCUUCGGUGACGGCAGUUUCACGUCCGACAUCCACAACCUUGGGUUCUCCCAAGACCAGACAAUUUUCGUUUUCACUAAUGGCACCACGAUCUCAAUUGAUAACAAAGCUACUAGCACUGCUUUCGCAAAUGUGGAUAGCGGUAGUGCUUUGUUCAACAAAAUCGAUCUCCCAGCACCAGGUGGACCAACAGCCGAAUCACCAGAUGCAGCGCCUCUUGCAAUAUCAGAGCUCGCUGGUUUCCCAGAAGCUCUUUCGAAGUCCCCAGACGGCACUACGGCAGCGUAUAUCUUGCCCGACUCCAACGUCGGUGUUCUUUCCUUCAGCGCAAUGGACAAUGAAGAUGACUCGCAAACACAGGUCAUAAAUGAUCUCCUCGACGCAUGCGAGAUCGCUGGAUGCACCAAGCUGAUAAUUGAUCUCCAACACAACGGCGGCGGAAAGGUAUUUGCUGGAAUGUCAGCAUUUCAACAACUAUUCCCCGGCACCACCCCGCUUCUCGCUCAACGCUAUCGUGAUACCCCGAUGGGAGAAUAUCUCGGCAAGGUCUGGACGACUGUCUCGCAAUUAGACCCGUCAAAUAUAGAAAAGGCGCAUAUGUAUGAUGCUCUAUCCGCUGUAAACGAAAAUGGUGAGAGCUUCAGUAACUACACGGAAUUUAUUACCCCGCAAACGAUAUGGGGUGAUAAUUUCACCGCGAUUACGAGAAGACAUUUCAACCCUAUCACACCAUCGCGGACGGAGCGAAUGUUCGCGUCUGAAGAUAUGGUCAUACUAUUUGACGGAUCAUGUGGCUCCACUUGUACAAUCUUCGCGCAAGCAUUGAAGAGCCAGGGAGGAGUUCGAAGUGUAGCCGUAGGAGGACGACCACAGACAGGUCCAAUGCAAGGAGUUGCAGGAUCAGAAGGAUCCUGGGUCCUAGGUUACGGUGCUUUAAAAGCCGAGAUCUCCGAACUCCCAACCGCCGAAGCAUUAUUCAAAGCAAACGACUUGGAGUUCCCCAGCAUCGAAGAUGUGCCCUCACAAUACAGGAUCGUCACCAUAGACCCGCCACUAGGCAAGUCCCUCGACACACGCGGUCGUGUCAAUAUCCCGAGUACAUUCAACUCCACCGACCCAAGCGAUAUUCCACUACAAUUCCUGUACGAAGCGACGAACUGCCGUUUGUUUUACCAGCCGGAAGAUAUCUUCGAUGGGACUAAGAUAUGGGAGCGCGUGGUUGCCGUGACUUGGGGAGGCGGAAAAUGCGUCUCCGGGUCGUCUGUGAGAGCUGAUGAUACGAUGUCGAGUGGCGCGUAUAAUACUGUGGCAUUGGGACCCGGUGCAUACUCUAAUGUGCCUAUUGAUGCGAAUCUGCCUGGGUUUGUUGCGAAUUCUAGGCCGAUAUGA